UGUAGUUUGCAAAUCAACGCUAUAUUAUGGGUAACGUGUUCAACUUAAUUCAAAACUGGAUCAGCAGUCAGUGUAACGAUUAUGCCAAUAACGUAACGAUCCCAAUACGUCAUAGUAAUGCGAUUCCGAUUCAUCCGCCCGUUUAUUCUUGGGAUAAAAAAAUAGAAAUUGAUGCGGACCAAUUUCAAUUAGAAAAUAUGAACGGUCAAUUCAUUUAUCGAACCAUCGUCAUCCAAGGACAGCAAUUUACGAUCGACGGAUGUAGGCGAUGCUUAAUUCUUGUCACAGGGACGUUCGAUAGCAUCUUUAUCGAUGAUUGCAUGGAUUGCAAAAUUAUUCUGGGGCCAGUCAGAGGCAGCGUUUUCUUACGGAGUUGCAGUCAGUGUUUCGUCGUGACGUCUUGCGGACAAUUUCGAACAAGAGAUUGUAAUGAAAUAACCUGCUAUAUUUUUUGUAGCAGUCAACCAAGCAUCGAGGUGUCUUACGCGAUGAAGUUUCAAUGCAUUUCGCUCGAUUAUCCAGGGCAGCGUGAUGACUUUGCUAAUGCCAGACUGAAUUCGACAAUCGCCAAUCGGUGGUCGGAGAUUUUUGAUUUUACACCGUCUUCUUUGUCGAGCAAUUGGAGGUUGCUACCCGUUGAAGAUCGAGUAGAAGAUCAUCUAGAUGAAAUGGAACUCUUGCAUUGUACCAAUCUCCAAAUUACCUUUAACCGGACCCGAUCCCUCAUCCCCUUCACUCAUCCAGCGCUGAACAUUUCCGACAGGGAUGAUCCGUUAGGCAAUAUCCAGUACGAUAUGAUGGGCAAACACUAAUAAAGAAAAACACAGCAAUGGUUCCCAAAUAUUGCUGUGUUGCCUCAACAUACUCAAGAUAAUACCAAAGGCUACAUUCUACAUGGUUUUUGGGAUUGCAAUAUAACAUUCUUUUUUUAUCAGACUUUACAAAGGCAAUGAUGGUUUAUUUCAAUGUGUCGACAAGCUCUGGAAGAGACGCAUAUUCUGAUAACUAAGAUAUGUGACUGCAACAGGUGUUGUAACUCAUACUGUACCUUAUAAGCUCAUGUUGAAUAAGCCCUUCGGGAUAGUCCAAGGACAAUCAAAUAUCACAAGGUUAACCGCCUUCUUGUUUCCGGGGCGUGGCGCAAUUU